AUGAAUUAAAGUAACAUGGAGUUGAAGUUAUUUUUCGUACUGUGGAUGGUGUCGACCGCAGAGCAGGCCGAGGUGAUUACCGCGCAAGGCAGAAUCCGCGGCGAGAUGCACCAGGGGUAUGUUUCGUACAACGGAGUCCCAUAUGCAAGUGGAAACGAUACUACUGGUCGGUUCAAGCAAGCCGGUAUACCCCCCACGUGGAGUGGCAUGAGGGAGUCGCAGCAACCCCGCUGCGGGCUGACCUCCAAGGUUAACGACUGCCUCCAGCUGGACGUCCACGUGCCCACGUCCGGCGCUUCGUGGCCCGUGCUUGUAUGGGUCAAGGGGGGCGGCGGGAGGUACUCUCCGGGGAAACUGGUCCAGCAAGGGAUCGUCGUAGUGGUUGUCAGUCACAGGAUAGGGCCUUUAGGAUUUCUAUGCUUAGGCGAAGAGAAGAUGCCAGGCAAUGUUGGUGUGAAAGACGUGGUUAUGGCUUUGCGUUGGGUUCGCGACAACAUCCCAGCAUUCAAUGGCAACCCGUACAAGGUGGUGGUGGCGGGGCAAGGCUUCGGCGCCGCGAUGGUGGAGGCGCUGCUGCUCAGCCCGAUGACUCAGGACUUGUUUCACGGAGCGAUUAUGCAAAGUGGCAGCGUUCUGUGCCCCUGGGCCUUCAACCAUGACGCUAAAGACCGCGGACUGUCUCUCCUCCAGAUGUUGAUUGAAAACGACGAAACUAUGACUCUCCUAAACGCUGGCGCUGAAGAACUGGCUGUGAAUGCCGAUAAAAUAUAUUUCCCCUAUUUACCAUUUGGAAUAUGUAUCGAGAAAGGAUUUAAAAAUGAAGAACGCAUGUUACCCGAAUCACCAUAUCGCUUGUUAUCGAAUAAGCUCGCAAGAAAAGUGCCCCUAAUCAUGGGCUACAACACCGACGAGGCUUACAUAUUUCUAUCUGCAUUGAGGGAAAAUAACAUACGAAAAAAGAUGGCGAGAGAUCUGUCUGUGCUCCUGCCCGAAGAACUUAAAUUUCUGAAUGUGAAUGAGUUGAAGACCGUAGCGAAACAGAUCAAAGAACUUUAUUUUAAAAACAAUUCUACCAUGGCAGCACUGCUGGCUUAUCACAGAGACGCGUACUUCCUAGCGCACAUCCACAGGAGCGCCCGCCUCCACGCAUCCUCCGACUUGCCGGUGUACUACUACCAGUUCUCCUACGCCGGCCAGCCGGGAGUGGUGGCGGACCACCAGCUUCGCAAGGCGGGCGCGGCGCACUCGGACGAGCUGCCCUAUCUGUUCCCGGAGACGACAUCAUCCAUGGAGGGCACUGACGGCACAGUGCAGGACAACAUCUUACGGCUUUGGACUAAUUUUGUUAAGCACUUAAACCCGACCCCCUCGGAUGCUUCCCCGCGCUGGGAUCCCUUGGACUCGGCGGAGCCGCGCGUCCUGGACAUCGGCGCGGAGCUGACGAUGCAGCCGUUCCCGUACACGAGGGCCUGCCGCAUGUGGGACGAUAUCUACGAGCGGUUCUACUACUCCAGGAAUUAUUUGGGACUUUAG